GGUAAAUAUAGUCUGAAUAGCCUCAAGUUCUAACCUCAAAUUCUAACCUUAUCAGUUCUCGUCGGCAAAGAGUCACCAACAGUGAGUCUCUCAUGUUCUGUUCUUCCCACAUCCAAUCAUCCAGAACCUGGUGGUAGCACUGGGACGAAUACUUUGUGGCUCGGACGAUUUGACAGCUCAUUGGCUCCAUAUAUUAAACAUGAAGCAACCCAUAGUCCCAUGGUCCCAUGUUCACCUGAAGGUCAAGCCCCCUGCCGUCACCAACGAAACCCUCGGACCCUGAUUUCUAUUUCUACGUCAUCUCUGCCAAGCGUCAAGAUUUCUGCGGAAAAGACAUACGAGUAGCACACUGCCACAAUGUCGAAAAAUCUUGAAAUAAAUCCCUUGUCGUUGCAAUCUGCAAAUCAAUUACCUCACCGCCAACCAUUCACAUACGAUGAUGAACUACUGCUACGGAUCCUGGAACACAUGAGGACACACGAUGAUCUUAUUUCUAUAGGUAUAUAUACUGGACACUAAAUACUCGGUCAAGCUGCAAGUAUCGAAAAAUAAGUUCAUCGUCACUUCUACUGAAACAUAACAACAACAACUAAAGACCCAUAACCAGCCUCCUCCAAAACUUAAUUUUUUUUUCGAACAAAACUUGAUCCAUACCCCCAUAUUUCUCAUCUCUCGGCAAGUUUAAUAUUUAUAUCAAAGAUAUCGAUCUACAAUAUCCCUAGAAAUCAUCCUUUGGAGAUCAGAUUUUACACAAUACCUUCAAAUUAAUUUUCCAUCGAUAAUCAUACCGAAAUCAUGGCUUUCGCAUUUACCCUUCCUCUUCGCAUCGUGCAGGCGGUCUUCUCCAUCAUCGUCCUUGGUUUGAUGGCCUAUGCUGCCGACGCAUGGUCCUACUGGUGGUCACCCGAUUCCGUCAACUUCCUCGUCUUCACAGCCGUUUGGACUAUUCUCGCUCUCAUCUACCUCAUUAUCGCACCCACUCAUUUCCCAACUGCAGCACAUAAAUAUGGAAUUCUAUUUGCCGAGGCCGUUACCAUGAUCUUCUGGUUUGCGGGCUUUGUCGCCUUGGCUGUUAUGCUUAAUAAUGUCAACUGUGGACAUUCCCACUGGAGCGUGUGCCAAGCUAGCAUUGCUGGAGAUGUCUUUGCUGCUUUCUUGUGGUUGUUGUUCCUUGCCACUACCGUUAUGGCCGCUUUACACGUUUCCCGCAGCAGUCGAUCCAGCGAUCGUCAUGAUCCUGCUAUGGAAGUCGCUGUCUAAAUACCAUCUCACGAUGUCGGGCAGCACGGAUACACAUCGAGGCUUGAUACCUUCACUUCUAUGAAUGUCUUUUGAAAAUAAUGGUUAUGGAUAGUAUGGGAAGAGGGCGUUUGGCACAGGGUUGGGGUUUGGCUUUGGGGGGGUGAAUACGAGAAUACGAUAAACGAGAUAUGAAGGGGGCAUUUGGGGGAGGCGGAGAAGGGAGAGCGUUCGACUUUUUAUACCCAAAAUUGCUUGCUUUUUGUUUCGCUAGUGGUGAUGCGGUUGAAUAAUAUGAAUAUUUGUUCUGAUAUCGUCAGAUGUUUUUGUUUGUGUUAAUGUUUUGGUGAUGGGAUAUUAUCUGUGUCUACACACUAUCUUAUUCUUCUAUCGAGCUUGAUGUAAUUCUUACUUUUGCAUUGAUUUUUAUCACUGUCCUGGUAAUUGCACAGCUUAUUAAGUUGAUUCCUGUUCGUCACGUGUGAAUAAUUAUAAUUAUAAUUCGAUCUGUUGUUGUGGAGUCACGAAUGAUGUUUUUGAUCUUUGCUUUUACUCUUCCCAAUGCUCAACUACAGCGACUUUGACGCAGUACUCAAGUACGCAAUUUGCUUAUGCCUUCAAGUGGUUCUUUAAGAUAAAAAUGGCUUUUAGGAUGAUUAAAUUAAAGUGUGGUUUAUCUCUGCGGGCUUCAGUUUUUCCUUGGUGCGUACGUAGUAUGCAAUAUUAUUCUCAAUUUUGACACA